AAAACUAUAAUACAGCAGAAACACUCAAAAAAGCAAAAGAAAUAAUAGAAGUUAUUAUUAAUAAUGAUAUGUCAAGAGAUGAAGUUAUUAUAAAACAUGUUGAAAAUAAUUCACAAUGUCUU